AAAUUAAAAUAAUAAUAAAAUAUCAAAUGUUACCUUUUAUUUUACCUAAUCUUAUGCCUUAAACAUAAGUAUAAAAAUGCGUUUAUUUUAAUUAAAUUUAUGUGCCUGCACCUCCUAGUCUUAAUAUAGUUUUAAGAAAUACUCGCUGUGCCCUAACAGGGUUCAUGUGUGAACUUACCCUAAUGUAAUACCUGUUAUGUACCACAUGAUUAAUAAGUAAUAAAUCAAUUAUGAAUUCUGACUUAAAUCAGCUGGGGUAUAGACCGUCAUUACCUUUUGUAUUGUAACAAAACGAACGAAGAAGUGUGAACGCGACUAGUGGUAACGUUGAAAGCAUGUUGAAAGCGAACGCAGCCGACGCGCACGAAUGAGGGUAGACCGAGCGCCGGAGCCGAAACUUUGACACCCACCCGCUAUCUUCAGUUACCCGUGAACAAGAUGCAUGUAAUUGCGUCGAAGUAUCGGGAGCUCGAAAACAAUACAAAAGGAGCACCAUGCUACGCGACGGCAGCAGUGCGGUCAGCGAGGACGUGCUCCUUAGCGACGAGCUCCUCUUCGAGUACUCGCCGGCCGAAAGCCUCAUCAACUUCGAGCUGCCGAGCCUCGGCUCCGACGCCGAUGACUGGCAGUUCAGUGACUUGGACAUAAAUUGUGAUGCGUUUGUGAGUAGUAGCGUAAGAAACACGGACGAUGCGAGAUCUCGAUCGCCAGUGCUAUUCGAUUUUGCCGAUUUGGACAAUACUUUCGAUUUCGAUGAGUUCCUGAUGGAAGCUUUGAGUAGUGACCGUUCGAAUGACGCGCCGCACUCAGGCUCCGAGACUACGGACAGUAGCGAAGACUCACUGGGGAGGCUUUCGGUUCUGGGCAUCGAUUUAGAGACGAUGCGAGUACAAGAAAGCAUCUAUGAAACCGAGGAGGACGUUUCGAAGCGGGAGACUGAACCGAAGACUGAGAAGCGUUCGUGGGGCGAGCCGCAGUUCUGUCCGACGAUGGGAGUGUUCCGGUGUCCUGUGGAAGAGUGCGGGAAGGUGUACGCGAAAGCGUCACACGUGCGAGCGCACCUGCGGCGGCACAGUGGCGAGAAGCCGUACCGGUGCACGUGGGGCGGCUGCUCGUGGCGGUUCGCGCGCUCCGAUGAGUUAGCGCGCCAUCGUCGCAGCCACUCCGGCGACAAGCCAUACCGGUGCGGCGAGUGUGGGAAGCGUUUCGCCCGGUCCGACCAUCUCGCCAAGCACGGCCGAGUGCAUGCACGCCGCGCCGCCGCGGCCGCCGCUGCUGCCGCUGCCGCGGCGGCCAACGCAGCCAGAAGACCUGCCUCUUACGGGUAUCGGACGCGAAGACUUGUGUGAUUAACGAAUCUCAUAGGAUAUGGACCUACAACUAUUUUUUUUUGCGCGGGCGCGAAGUAUUUAUACGAACUUGUCAGAUGUCGUUUUAAAAUGUUUUUUGUGACUGAUAUUUGAUUUAGACUUAAAAAGAUAUAUAUAUAUAUAUAUAUAUAUA